UUAAAAGCUAAAGUUUCCUCGCCAUUUUCUUCAGUUAAAUUUAGUAUCUCAUAAGCAAAAAUGCAUUCGGUCCUCGCAUAUUUUGCUUUUCUGUUCGCGCUUUUCGGCACAGCAUUAACAACUGACUACUGUGACCCGUCCUUAUGUCCCAAUAAAACAAACAUUGCCUGUAAUAACGAUGGGCAAUUCGCUUCGACCUGUGUUGAACCACAAGAAGUAGUGUUUACACAGCAGCAAAAGGAUGCCAUAACUAAUUUGCACAAUGAAAAACGUAAUAAAGUAGCUGGUGGCAAGUCCUUCUUGAACGCGGCCUGCCGUAUGGCCACCAUUCAGUGGGACGACGAAUUGGCUUAUAUGGCGACAUUGAAUGUGAAGCAAUGUGAGAUUCAAGAUGACGAAUGUCGCAAUACGGACGCAUUCAAGCAUUCCGGACAGAAUAUUGGCUGGAUGAAUUACUAUAGCAAUCCCAAUAUUACAAAUAUGGCUGAACGUGCCAUCGAUUUGUGGUUCAAUGAGAUUAUGGACACUGAUCAGACAUAUAUCGAUAAAUAUCCUCGCAAUCUUCAAGGGCCCGUUAUUGGCCAUUUCACCGUUAUGGUGGUUGAUAGGAAUAUACGCUUGGGCUGCGCCGCAGCUACGUACCUCCCGACCGGUGAGAAUUAUUAUGGUUUUCUGUUCACUUGUAAUUAUGCAACAACAAACGUCGUCAAUUAUCCGGUUUACAAAUCCUGCACGAAAGGCGGCGCGGAAUGUAAAACUGGUAGAAACCCUGAUUACCCGUACCUUUGCUCAACAAGUGAGGAAUAUAACGUCAAUAAAUUUCAUUAAACAUUUAUGAUGUGAAGUCAUAUAAAAAAUGUC